AGCUAAUUAUCUUCAACCUAGCCUGGAUAUAUGUAUGUAUCGUGUCUGCCUCCAUCACGAUCAGUCACUUGCGAGCCUGAUACCGUGAACCACACAUAGCUAAUGUGCUUAUAGGUGUAUCAUUAGCUAGGCUACUUGUUUUGCCAUUGCAUAGUUAGCUAACGGCUGCGCUAACGAACCAGAUUGCAAGCUAGUAGCUAGCUAUUUAUGCUACCAGCUACAGCUGGCUAGCUGUACAGUUUUUUGACAUGGCUUUCCCCGAUUCAAUAGCUGUCCAUGAUGCGUUCAUCCUCCUCUGCAGCUUCUUUGCAUUGUGCCUCAAGUUUGGGUUUGCGUUUGUGGAGGCAGGCAAAACCGAUCCAAAGAACGUCUCCAAUGUCAUCUUUAAAAAUGUAGCAGACACAUUUGUCACCUUGCUGGCUUUCUUUCUCCAUGGCUAUGCGUUUGCCUUUGGGGAGCACAACGCUGUUAUUGGAACCCAAUUCUUCCUCACACUGAACAAGACAAACAUGGUAAACUUCUUCUUCAACUAUGUUCGCUGUGCUGUGGCCACUACUCUGGCACUAGGGGCUGCCAACGAGAGGACAGAACCAAUCGGCUACCUCAUAUCCGCAUAUGUUUUCUCAGGAAUAAUCUACCCUCUGGCUUGUCACUGGGUCUGGGACCAGCAAGGCAUCUUCAGUCCAACCUCCACCUCCUACCCAUCACAGGACUAUGCAGGCAGCGGUGUGAUCUUCUUGCUGGGUGGUGCAGCGGCAGCUGUCUCACUGCGGGUUAUAGGAUCACGGGCUGGACGCUGGAGUCCCCAUUUCAAACGGACAGAGCACAGCCAGCCUAUGGUGGUGCUGGGAGGAUGCCUUCAAAUGCUGGGCUUCUUGGGCCUGGUGAUAGGCACUCACCCCCGUGUGUUGGAUGCUGAUGAGGGCCUGUUACUGGGGCUAGGCACUGUAAACCUGCUGCAUGCUGCUACAAGCGGAGGACUCUACGGACUAAUGAUCCAACGCAUCGAUAAGAACUACUAUGAUCUCGACAGCAUGCUCUCUGGGGCCAUUGCUGGCAUGGUGGCAGUGUGUGCAGGAGUAGACACCUACAUGCCUGGUGUGGCAGUCAUGUGUGGGGCCACUGGAUCUCUCCUCUUUAUUGGCUUUCGCCGCUUCCUCUGUGCUGUGAAGCUGGAUGACCCCCUUAACAUCGUCUCUGGGUACUUAAUUCCAGGGGCCUGGGGCUUGAUGCUUGCUGGUUUAUUCUCUGAUCAUGGGGCUCUUGGAGGACAUAUCCAGGUGUUGGGGAACAAUUGCAUUGUGGCACUGGUGUUAUUCUUCUGGGCAGUGGCUAUUAUGUACCCUCUUCUCUCCAUACUCAUGUGUUUUGGAGUGCUGCGAGUCCCCCGCUUCAUGGAGAAACAAGGAAUAGACAAAAUCAGACACACGCUAAGGCACCCUCACGGCACCAGGAAGUCACUGAACUAACCCCAGACAGAAACAUCAAUCCAGAGGCAAUGAAGUUAAACCUGGGAAUCAUUUUGGAAUUUUUUUUUCCUAAACAAUUUCUUAAUGCAUAACUAAAACAUUUGUUAGCAAGCAUAUAUGUUCCAGAGUAAUCCUCUUUUGUUUGCACCAUAGUUUCAUAUUGAGAAGGAUGGCAGUACAAAAUAUUUACAAAGUCAAACAAUUUAUUGUAUGAAUCACAGAUGUCUUGAGUAAGGCAAACACUACUACACACAAUUGCCCCAUGUUUCUAGGUGUAAUUUACUAGGGAAGCAUUUAGUUACGAGGUUGUUAUUUGGGGGCCGAACAGUUGAAAAGGCAAAUAAAAUUAAAUGCACUGUCCAAUAACUGACAUCUUUGAGUAGAUAAACAUCCACUAUAUUUGCGUGAAAAAACAGGUAGUGCAACUAGUGGAAUGUAGGCAAA